AUGAGCCACUUUGUGCGUCAGAGUAAAUUCCGUCACGUGUACGUGGAACCAGCGAAGCUCGAAUCCUGUUACACAAAUGUGCGUCUGGCUACAGCCACGGGUGAGCAGAACUAUAUCAAGGGAAAUACCAAGUUCUUUGCUGUAUCAAUUCAAGCUGGUGGUGGUGCCAUGGCGGUCGUUCCUUAUGAGAAAGUGGGCAAGUUUGAUCCGGACUUCCCGCUCAUCUCGGGCCAUCGCGGUGCAAUUCUUGACUUUGACUUUAAUCCGUUCCACGAACAUCUCAUUGCUUCGGCCUCAGACGACACGACUAUCAAGAUCUGGGGGAUUCCAGAAGGUGGACUUACAGAGACGUGUGUGGACCCCCUCGUGGACCUGACGGGUCAUGGCCGUAAGGUUACACUCAUCAAGUUCCACCCUACGGCUAAUAAUGUGCUAGCCAGUACGUCAUCUGACUUUUCUGUCCGUCUGUGGGAUAUUGAGAAGGGUGCUCAGACUGUCAAGUUGGACGACCAUGGUGAGAACCUGAUCCAGGAUCUGGCUUGGAGCUGGACGGGCAGUGUGCUGGCCACCACGUGCAAGGACAAGGUGGCGCGUCUAUAUGACGCUCGUUCUGGACAGGUUGUUGCGGAGAAGGAGAAUGCACACAUGGGCACGAAGAGUGUCAAGAUUUGCUUCCUUGGUAACAAGGAGACGUUCGUGACGGUGGGCUUUACGCGUCAAAGCCAGCGUCAAUUCAAGGUAUGGGACCCACGUAACCUCGACAAGGAACUCAAGAAGGUGGACAUUGACCAAGCUGCCGGCGUCAUCAUGCCGUUUUACGAUCCGGACACGAACCUUUUGUACCUGUGUGGUAAGGGUGAUGGCAACAUCCGUUACUACGAAAUGUCCGAGGGUGAACCAUUUGCCUUCCCAAUCAGCGAAUAUCGCUCGACAACGUCUGCUAAGGGAAUGGCGAUGAUUCCCAAGCGCGGUUGCGACAUCAUGAAGUGCGAGACGACGCGUCUGCUGAAGCUUACAUCGAAUGCUAUCGAGCCGCUUCAUGUGUUUGUUCCGCGCAAGUCGGACGCUUUCCAGGACGAUAUUUUCCCCGACACGUACGCUGGCAUUCCCUCAAUGACUGCCGACGAAUGGCUUGGUGGCGCCGACAACUCCCCAGUGCUGAUGUCUCUGCGCCCUGAGAUGCUGGGUAAAGUGACAAAUGAUGGUAAGCGUGCACGCUCUACAUCCAAAACCAACAGCGUGGGUUCUGGCAUUGCAGCUCGCGUGGCUCGUUUUGCCCGCGGCGGUAGCAAGAAUGACAACACGCCCGAAGGCAAACUCAAGUCUGAGUUGGAGACUGCCAAUGCACGAAUCACACAGCUAGAGAAGCUGCUUCGUGAGAACGGCAUCUCGUACUAA